GCCAGGCAGACGCUGCAGCUGAGCUGCGCGGUGGCUGUGGCAGGUUCGCGCCCGAGCUCUGCUAGCGACCCGUCCGACAACUUCCGGACUCUCAGGGAGAGCCCUGCCAUCAAGGAAGACAGCGCAGGACUGGGACCCACCCAUGAACCCUUCUCAGGACAACCCAACAGCACCAGUGGGGAUGUUCUCCUAAGCCGCAGAGGGCCUGGGCACGCCAUCCGUCCUCCAGGAAGAGCCAUGGUGUUAAUGCAGGGCAAGGGCAGCUCUCAGCAGUGGCCUGGUCUGGGAGGCGAGGGUGGUGGCACAGGUCCGUUAGGCAUGCUCAGAGCUGCCCUGCUGCUCAUCAGCCUGCCGUGGGGGGCCCGAGGGACAGCCAGCACCAGCCUCAGCACUGCUGGGGGUCACACUGUGCCACCGACUGGGGGCCGCUACUUGAGCAUUGGAGAUGGCUCUGUGAUGGAGUUUGAGUUUCCUGAGGAGAGUGAAGGCAUCAUUGUGAUCUCCAGCCAGUACCCAGGCCAGGCCAACAGGACGGUGCCCGGCCCCAUGCUCAGGGUCACAUCCCUGGACACAGAGGUGCUGACCAUCAAGAACGUGAGUGCCAUAACCUGGGGAGGCGGGGGUGGCUUUGUGGUGAGCAUCCGCUCAGGCCUGGCUGGGCUGGCCCCACUCCACAUCCAGCUCGUGGACGCCCAUGAGACCCCGCCCACACUGAUUGAGGAGCGGAGAGACUUCUGCAUCAAGGUCUCACCUGCUGAAGACACCCCUGCCACCCUCGGCGCCGACCUGGCCCACUUCUCGGAAAACCCAAUACUCUACCUGCUCUUGCCUCUUAUCUUUGUCAACAAGUGUUCGUUUGGGUGCAAAGUGGAACUCGAGGUUCUGAAGGGGCUCAUGCAGAGCCCCCAGCCCAUGCUGCUGGGCCUCCUGGGCCAGUUUCUGGUCAUGCCCUUGUACGCUUUCCUCAUGGCCAAGGUCUUCAUGCUGCCCAAGGCCCUGGCUCUGGGCCUUAUCAUCACCUGCUCGUCGCCUGGCGGCGGUGGGAGCUACCUCUUCAGCCUCCUUCUUGGAGGGGACGUCACCCUGGCCAUCUCCAUGACUUUCAUCUCUACGGUGGCUGCCACUGGUUUCUUGCCUCUGUCUUCGGCCAUCUACAGCCGCCUGCUCAGCAUCCAUGAAACACUCCACGUGCCCAUCUCCAAGAUCCUGGGGACCCUGCUGUUCAUCGCCAUCCCCAUAGCAGUGGGCGUGCUGAUCAAGUCCAAGCUCCCCAAGUUCUCCCAGCUGCUGCUGCAGGUCAUCAAGCCCUUCAGCUUUGUGCUCCUCCUGGGCGGCCUCUUCCUGGCCUAUCGCAUGGGGGUCUUCAUCCUGGCAGGCGUCCGGCUACCCAUCGUACUGGUGGGUAUCACGGUGCCCCUGGUUGGCCUGUUGGUGGGCUACUGCCUAGCCACGUGUCUGAAGCUGCCAGUGGCCCAGCGGCGGACGGUCAGCAUUGAGGUAGGGGUGCAGAACAGCCUGCUGGCCUUGGCCAUGCUGCAGCUAUCCCUCCGCCGCCUUCAAGCUGACUAUGCCUCCCAGGCCCCCUUCAUUGUGGCGUUGAGCGGCACCUCCGAGAUGCUGGCCUUGGUCAUCGGUCACUUCAUCUACAGCAGCCUGUUCCCAGUUCCCUGAGGGCUCUGGGUCAAGCUUUCAUCAGCCCCAGCCCCCACACUCCACCAAAGUUCUCAUGCACUAUGCACUCAGAAAAAUCCAGGCUUAUUUUUUUUACUGAUUUUUUAUUCUCCAGCUUUCAGUGCCAAAGAGGCCAAUGCUGAGUUAGGGAGGUGGGCACUGCCCAGAAAAUAUAUUUCAAUAAAAGAGAGAAGCAAGCUUG